AUGGUAGCGAUCCUUUUGGAGGGAAUUGGAAAGGUGUUACCUGCACUGGCUCAUUUUGUUACUAAUUUAAAAAUACCAGGUCUUCAACUAAAUGCAAAAGUAGGAUACAAUUUGCAAGAUUUAACUUCACUUGAAGGAGCUGAUGUUUCUUACGAUAUAUGGCCGUCUUGUAUAAGUUUUUGGAGCAUCACCGUAAAGAUCUACAGAGUCAUUGUUGUUUUGGAAGGGAUGAUAAGCAAGCCUGUCUUCAUGGGAGACAUUGUGACCUACGAAUUCACUUACUUGAAUUCCCUAGACAUGGCUAUGUGGGCAUUUGAGAAUGUUGACGGUGCUUCACCUAAGUGUCGAAAUCUUACAAAGCCUGCACUCCCUGCUCUUGAGCGUCUUAUCAAUUUCACUGAUGAACAAAAUUCUAGCUGUGUAUCUCCCAACUAUAUGGUUCAGCAAUCCGACAUCAAUGAGAAGAUGAGGGUCAUCCUAGUUGAUUGGUUAAUCGAGGUGCAUUAUAAAUUUGAGAUCAUGGAUGAGACAUUAUUCCUUAUAGUUAACAUUAUAGACAGAUUCUUAGCCCACCAAAUUGUGGAACGAAAGAAACUUCAGUUGGUUGGAGUUACAGCUAUGCUUUUAGCAUGCAAGUAUGAGGAAGUUUCAGUACCGGUUGUAGAUGAUCUUAUUCUAAUUUCUGACAAGGCUUAUACAAGGAAGCAAGUUCUUGCUAUGGUAAAUGUUUCACUUAUAAGUCAUAUAUCUCUUAUCAAUUUCGACAUUGUGAUUCCAACACUGCAUAAACAUGUCUGCAUUUUGAACCAGCUUGAACUUCUCUCCUUUUUCUUGAUCGAGCUAUCCUUGGUUGAUCAUGACAUGCUUAGGUUACCACCAUCUCUGUUAGCUGCUGCAGCCAUCUACACUGCUCAGUUUACUCUUAACAGGACUAGACAUUGGAGUAAGACCACAGAGUGGCAUUCAUAUUACUCAGAAGAUCAAUUACAGAUGGUUGCAGGUGGUUCUGGACUCGGAAAAGUGAUGUUGUGGAACAUACAGACUCCCUUGUAG